AUGAAACAAUCAAAAUCAAAAGCUAAAAGUAAAAGCAAAUCAAUCAAAUCCAAACAGAAACCUAAGGUCAAACCUAAUCAAUUAGUUUCUGAGUUGAAGGGUAUAUUUGCUAUUGAUAAGACUAAUCAAUCAAAGUCAAAAUUAAACGUGUAUAAGAGGAAACAAAGGAAGAAGCAGAGUAUCAGUGGAGAACAUAAUGAUAAAACUGAAUUAUUUAAAGCAACUUCAACUCCAUUUACUUCAUUAAUUAUUGAACCUUUGAAAUCGAAUAAGAUUGAAGAAAUCCAAAAUCAGAUUAGAUUAAGUAAAGAAGUGAAUAAAAUUCAUAAUGCUAUUCAAAAGAAAAAGACUAAGAAGAAGGUAGUUAAAUCUGAUAAAGUGAUUCAAAAUCAAAUUGAAUUACAAGUUGCUGAUUCAUUGGUUGAAAUGGCAAAGGGUGGAAAGGCUAAUAAGGAAAUGAAUGUGGAGGUUAUCCAAAGAUUGAAAGCUUCUAAGGUUGAAGAAAAGAAAGGUGAUAAUUCUCUUGAUAAUGUGGAACCUUUUAUUAAACAAGCACUAAAAUCAACUACAAAGAAACAAGUGAACCAGAAAGUAUCAAAGAAAAGAAAAGCCAAACCAGUUAAACCAACUUCAAAAGCAAAGUCAAAACUUAAAAGAAAGCAAUCCUUAACUCGCUCAACCUACAAGAAAGAAGCUUUUGGACCUGAUCCUAUCAACCUUUUAGGUAUCAGUAAGUACAGAUUAAUCCUCAGAAAGAUUUCAUAA